AUGGCCAGGCUGAUCCAGCACCCGCAGAGCUGCCGCCCGGCGGAUGCGUGCCGAAAGCCUCGCACCGUCCCCACAAAGGAUGGGGCGUUUAACAACCCCUUCUCUCCUACAACAGGCUUUGAUUUGGCUGAUUACUUUGACACCCCUCUGGAGCCUACCACCAAACCAGCCAAGCCGACGCUGAAACCCUUCCCCAGGCCGGACAAGCCAGACAACAGCUUUCGGGAUGUCAUCCGCACCACCACGACCAAGCAGCCAAAAACUACAAGGGCCCCCCCCAAGCAUAACCCAGCAAAGGAUCCUAUGGAUUUUGACUUGUCUGAUGCCCUUGAUGAUAAGAACGAUGGGAAAGGUGCUGGGAGGCCGGACAUAAGACCAGGUGAAGCAUUUUCAGACGACGAUCUGGCCAGCAUUGUGGAUGGCGGCUACAGCCCGGAUGAGAAGAAAGUGGCGGAGACGGGGACCAUCGCCGGCAUCGCCAGCGCCCUGGCCAUGGCACUCAUCGGGGCCGUCUCCAGCUACAUCUCCUACCAGCAGAAGAAGUUCUGCUUCAGCAUCCAGCAGGGACUUAACGCGGAAUACGUGAAAGGAGAAAACAUGGAAGCUGUCGUAAGCGAGGAGCCCCAAGUUAAAUAUUCAGUACUGGAAACGCAGUCAGCAGAACCACCAAAACAAGACAGCGCGAAGAUGUAA